AGAAAACAAACCGUUCGGCUCUAUUUCCUCGAGUAUACACUCUACUCCUGCUGUGAACAUCGUUCCUCGUACCAAACGCCACAGAAACAAACGACCCCUAUCUUACGGUAAACAUGAGUCAAUGGCCAUCUCUUUUAGCAGGGUAUGAAGCUGCAGAGCCCCUUCCUACUACCAUCAAUCCCGAUGGAAAAUCUCUGUACAACCCACCCGGUCCACGCUCGGCCGCCUACGACGAAUUCCCGAAAGCAUUUGAUCCGUCUAAGAAUGGUUUUGACUUCCACAUUUAUUACAUGCCCUUCGUGCCUGCUCAGGCGCAGUAUGCGAAAGAAUUGCACGAACGUGUAAGGCGAGAGUUUCCAGAGCUGCGUAUCUAUAGGCUAUGGGAUAAACCGAUCGGGCCCCACCCUACUGCGAUGUUUGAGGUAAAUACAUUCAACCCCCACCAGACCGGAGCAUUCUUUUCCUGGCUUGUAGUCCAUCGGGGGCCUUGCGACGUUCUCGUCCACCCGAAUACUGGAGAUUCAUUCAGAGAUCACACAGAAUUAGCGACGUGGAUCGGGAAGAGUUGGCCCUUGUAUGACGAUAUACUCAAGCCUGCUCAUCAAAGAGGUACCUAGAUUCAGGGUGCCGUCCUGUGCGAAAUAUAUAUCCUCUGUAUUAUUCAUAGUCAGUCGUACAGCAAAAAGUUCAUGCAUGACUAGACAUAUGUCGAAGCCGGCAUGCUGUUCCGGAGCGUCUGGUAAUAGAUCCGAACCGGUUCGGGGCCGG